AUGGGUUCCGUUCCCGAGCCAGCUUACCUUUACAAAAAUGUCGUCCACGACCCGACAGUACCUUCUGUUCAGUCUGCCAAGGGAAUGUACAUUCACCUUGACAAUGGGCAGAUAGUUCUCGACGCUACCUGCGGCGCGGCUGUCUCUGCUAUCGGACACGGUGUAGAACGUGUAAAGCAAGCGAUAAUCUCGCAGCUUGACCAAGUCGAAUACUCCCACCCUGGAUUCUUUCCUAAUGCACCAGCUAUGCGGCUUGCAGAUAUGCUUGUAGAGUCUACAGGCGGGAAGAUGUCUCGGGCGUGCAUUCUGGGGUCCGGUUCGGAGGCCGUCGAUGCCGCAAUGAAGCUUUCCCACCAGUACUUUGCAGAGGAAAACCCAGACACCCGACGAACCAAGUUCAUCUCAAGACGCGGUUCUUGGCAUGGCUGCACCUUGGGGUCUCUGUCCUUGGGAGACUUCAAGCCGAGGAAGGCCCGGUUCAAAUCAAUUCUACAUCCCAAUAUCACCCACGUAUCGGCAUGCGACCCGUACCAUGCUCUCAAAGCUAAUGAAGAUCUGGAGACGUAUGUGGCUCGACUCAAGCAGGAGCUUGACGAGGAAUUCCAGCGGCAGGGACCUGAUACCGUCUGUGCCUUUUUCCUUGAGCCAGUGGCCGGAACAGCCCUAGGCUGUGUUGCCGCAGUACCUGGCUACCUGGAGGCCAUGCGGGAAGUAUGCGACCGCUACGGUGCACUUCUGGUCUUUGAUGAGAUCAUGUGCGGCAUGGGCCGCACCGGAGCCAUGCACGCUUGGCAGGUGGACGGUGUCGUGCCUGACAUCCAGCUUGUGGGCAAAGGUCUCGCAGCGGGAUACGGAACCAUAUCUGCCCUCCUUAUCAACGAUCGUGUUGUUUCUGGGCUGAAACAAGGCGGAGGAUACUUUGUUCAUGGACAGACCUACCAAUCCCACCCACUUGGUUGUGCGGCUGCAGUUGAGGUUCAGCGCAUUGUCAAGGAGUAUGAUCUAGUCAACAACUGUCGGGAAAUGGGUGAGUACCUCGGAAUGCAACUGAAACUGCAUCUCGGAGAUCAUCCACAUGUGGGCGAUAUUCGAGGGAGAGGUCUUUUCUGGGCAGUAGAGUUUAUGGAAGACAAGAAUAGUAAGGCUCCGUUUGAUAGUAAGCUUACCCUCAGCAAGCGCCUACAGACCAAGGGACUAGAAAAGGGCUACGGCAUCUGUCUAUUUGCAGCUACCGGUGCGGUAGAUGGGUGGAACGGUGACCACUUCUUGCUUGCACCGCCAUACACUGUUGGAAAGCAGGAUGUGGACGAGAUAGUGAGUCGGGUUGUUAAGGUUAUUCAUAGUGUUUUUGAGGAUAUCUAUGCUUCGAGGCAGCAGCAUCCUUAUCUCUAA